CUUUUAGCUACCUCUGCGUAGCGACCUCUCAUUAUUCCUUUGCACAGGACCCUAGCAACCUAGGCUACCUAGCGGAGGACAAAAUGCCGCAGAACGAGCAUAUUGAGCUGCACCAGAAGCGCUAUGGAAAGCGUCUUGACUAUGACGAGCGCAAGCGCAAGAAGCAGGCCCGUGAGGUCCACAAGCGGUCUGCCUACGCGCAGAAGGCGCUGGGUCUCAAGGGCAAGAUGUUUGCCAAGAAGCGGCACCAGGAGAAGGCUACGAUGAAGAAGACGAUUGCGAUGCACGAGGAGCGGGACAACAAGCACAAGGCGCAGGACGGCGCGCCGCAGAAUGCUGUGCCGGCCUACCUGCUGGAGCGUGAGCAGGUGGACCGCGCCAAGGUCCUGAGCAACACCAUCAAGCAGAAGCGGAAGGAGAAGGCGGGCAAGUGGGAGGUGCCUCUGCCGCAGGUGCGGCCCAUCGCCGAGGACGAGAUGUUCAAGGUGAUGAAGAGCGGCAAGCGCAUGAAGAAGAGCUGGAAGCGCAUGAUCACAAAGGUGACCUUCGUGGGCCAGGGCUUCACGCGCAAGCCGCCGAAGUACGAGCGCUUCAUCCGGCCCACCGGUCUGCGCAUGACCAAGGCGCACGUGACUCAUCCCGAGCUCAAGGCAACCUUCUGCCUGGACAUCAUUGGCGUGAAGAAGAACCCCAACGGGCAAAUGUACUCGCAGCUGGGCGUGGUGACAAAGGGCACGAUCCUGGAGGUGAACGUCAGCGAGCUGGGACUGGUGACGCCCGGCGGCAAGGUGGUGUGGGGCAAGUACGCGCAGGUGACCAACAACCCCGAGAACGACGGCUGCAUCAACGCCGUGCUGCUGGUGUAAUGAAGCACUGGUGGCGUGGGAGCGAGCGUGUGGGCGCUGGCUGCUGCUGCUCAGGAGGAGGAGGAGGAGCUAGGACCAGCCUUCAGCAGCCUUCAGCAGCCAUGUGGUGUGGAGCCGAUGGGAGCCGGAAGCAGCGGCUGGCUGGAGGUGUGGCGCGGCUGGCUGGGCCUGGCGGUGGAGGAGCAGCGCAGCAGCGGCUGGAGCAUGAGAGGGCGCGUUGAUGUGGGGUGGCGCACAUGGGGCGGCCUGGCGUGAGCGGGGCCUGAGUGAGGGUAAUAGGCAUGGGUGUAGGUUGGGUAGAUGUUGGGAAUAGGCACGGGAAGGGGAGUGCGGUUAUGCAGCUGCAAGCUGCGCAGCCUGUUUGGUUGUUGGUACGUGGGCACAAGGCGAUAGGUAUGGGUAGUGUGUGUUUGACACAGAGCAUGUUUUUACUAGCAUAGGACUGCCGCUCCCAUGUUGCACGUUGUUGGAAGGGCGGUCGGGGCCUGAGCGUGUUGUCAGCUGACGAACACUCGAGAGAGGGCGUGUACAUAUAUUGUGUGUCACCCGCUUUGGCGUCGCUGCGAAUGGGAACGCUGCAGCAGUCUGCUUUCCGAAGACAUGUCGGUUCAAACAGGCGGCUAUGCGUGGGCGCAUUUGUUAGGGACGCACAAGGACGCGCUAUGCGCGCGCGUGUGUGCAGGUGACAACUGACGGAAGUCCUUUUACAACUGACCAAAUGACUUGACAUGGCUUGUACGGCGUUGAACACAUGACAAUGACGCAGAAUGAUUCCGGGUGCCUCUUGAGCACCUGCACCGCAUGUUCCGCAAAGUAUUCAUUGGGUGGCCGUAAGGCCGCAAGCAAUGGGAUUAGGCUGUGGCCUUGGGGGAGUGAGACUUUCCUAUGGUCGAUGGUGCCAGGCGUUGGUUGGUGGGGGCCGUCCGCUCCUUGAUGGUGUAAUCGCAAUCGUCUUCAAACUCAUCGUCUACCUGCUUGUGGGCCUGGUCGACGAGAGCGGGACAAAGUCCUGACUGUGCUGAAUUGCCUGUAUUGCACUGAUCGUUCGAGGGUCUCCU